AUGGUCCAUACACCUCCUCGUCAAUCCCGACCUAAACUUCAAUCUACGAUAUACGACAGGUAUUCCCAUUCCACACCCAUCUCACCCUUCCGACAAAGUCGUUUCCCACUCACACCACCAGAAACCCCCAAUAGACCCAUCAAAGAGGCUCAAGAGCUCUAUACGAACUUCUCCGCACUCACUUUCUCCCAGCCGACCGUCCAAAGCAGACUUUUGAGCGAUAAUGAAUUAUCUUACUUUCUACCUUCCCGUCAAGAUGGAGUCAACGAUAUGUACCUACAUCACUCCCUCAUCGCUCCAAGGCAUCUUUUCACCAUCGAGCGAAUCCUCAAUCUCUGGGCUUAUCUUCUCCUCAAACACCCUCUUCUUGCCUCCACAGUAGACAUCAGAUCCUGGGAGAAUGUACAAUUCCUAUAUAACCCUCCAGCCAGUCUGGAAGUAGCUCUUCAAAAAGCUGAAGAACGACUCUGUAUCAUUCCUUCCGGAGGAGAUAUCAUCGAUUCAUAUCUCAACGGUCCUCGUACCCUCUCACCGGACAGAUUGGCAAUGCUAGUCAUAACCAUCCCUGACCAUCCUCCAUCUCCUUCAACCUCUCCACGAUACUCAGGAGAUUAUGACGAAGAGAAAUACGAAGUCAUGUUAUGCGCCACCCAUUAUCUAGGUGAUGGGAUGGCGUUACAUACAUUGAUGAACGAUUUCUACACUUUACUCGCUUCUCCCUCUAUCGACUUUUACGAUCUCAUUGAACCUUUAUUGGCUACUCCAUCUCGACUGCCUGUAUCUCUGGAAGAUCGAUUGCCUCAAUCUAGGACAAGAUUGGAAGAAAGAAUAGGAGUAGAGGAAUACCAACGAUCAGAGAAGAGUUUGAUAGGUGGCCAAAGUUUUCCAAUGUCAAAGAUAAAAAGGGAAAGGAAGACGGUGGUUCCUACUCUUUCUUACUCCGAGAGAGAAACGAAGGAGAUAUUAGGGAAAUGUAAGACGAACGGGGUGACUAUAGCCCAUGCGGUUUUCGCGUUGUGUAGUGUUGCUUGGUCUAGGUUGACGGAGGAUUGUAGUUCCCCUUGUAUGUUCUAUUCAGCACUCAAUCUCCGACCUCAACUCACCCCUUCUUCCGAUUCAUUCUUUCAUCUCGCUGUUGGAUACUUCAACAUCGUCCUCCCUUCUCUACUUCCAUCUAUACCGACUGGUGACCUUCUUUGGCAUCGAGCAAAAGAGACGAAACGACAAACUGUCAAAGCUGUCAAAUCACCGUUCCUCAUUUCACGAGCAAGGGAGACGAACAAAAUACGUCGAACGAGGGCUGUAAAAUGGGCAAUGAUCGAUGAUGCUCAAGACAAGCAAAAAGUUGAAACAAGAACAGGGCCGUCUCAAAAAGCACUCAUGGGUCUGUCCAUGUUAGGAAAUCUCGAUACGAUGUACAAACAUCAAUCAUUCCCUUCCAUCCAUCUUGAAAGUCUGACAACGGGUUCUCGACAACGCUCUGGAGGAUUAUUGUUAUUCGCUUAUACCUUCAAAGGGAAAUUGUGGUUUUCAUUGGGGUACGACAUGAACGGGUUCGAAGAUGGGGUCAUUGAGAGGUUUUGGGAAGAGGUACAUGGGUUAGUGAAGGAGGUUAUGCUGAGCAGUUAG